UCUCUCUCUCUCUCUCUCUAGUGGAAAAGAGAAGCUUUAAUUGGUCUAUUUAUGUGCAUUUUCCACAUAUAUGCAUGUAUAAAAACCAAUUGCAAGAAUUGGCUCAGAGAAGUUGCUUCAACCUACCAUCUUAUUCUUGUACUCGGGAUGGACCAGAUCAUGCUCCUCAAUUUAAGGCAACUGUUAACUUCAAUGGGGAGACUUUUGAAAGCCCUACAUUCUCCUCUACUUUGAGACAGGCAGAAUAUGCUGCAGCUGAGGUAGCUCUGCACACACUUGCAAACAGAGAUCCUUCUAGAACACUGGCUGCAAGAGUUUUGAUUGGAACUGUAAAUGGAACAAAGAGCCAACAGAGGACCCAAAUUAAAUUAGGAAGCAGUUCAUGGGCUAUACUUAAAAAGGAAACGUAA